GUAAAUGGCAAAACCGUAAUUUGGUAUAGCUCCUCAAUACCAGCUUCCAUGCCAUGCUUUGCUCCCGUCUGGUUCUGAGUCAGCCUCUCUCUCUCUCUCGUUGUUGAUUUUCCUCUUCUGGGUUUUGGGAUUUAGCGGCGAAAUCGAUGGCGAGGAAGAAGAUCAGAGAGUACGACUCCAAGAGACUUCUCAAGGAGCACCUGAAGCGUCUCACUAACGUUGAUCUCCAGAUCCGAUCUGCUCAGGUGACACAAUCUACGGACUUCACCGAGCUGACGAACAAAGAGCCAUGGCUCUCGUCCACAAAACUAGUCGUGAAACCCGACAUGCUGUUCGGGAAACGUGGGAAAAGUGGCUUGGUAGCUCUAAAUCUAGAUCUUGCUGAAGUCGCGGAUUUCGUCAAAGCCCGUCUCGGAACCGAGGUUGAGAUGGGUGGCUGUAAAGCUCCUAUUACUACCUUCAUUGUCGAGCCCUUUGUCCCUCACGAUCAAGAAUACUACCUUUCGAUAGUUUCGGAUAGGCUUGGUUGCAAUAUAAGCUUUUCGGAAUGUGGUGGCAUCGAGAUAGAAGAGAAUUGGGACAAAGUAAAAUCGGUGUUUCUUCCUACAGAAAAGCCAAUGACAUUGGAAGUAUGUGCUCCACUGAUAGCAACACUCCCUCUUGAGGUUCGAGGUAAAAUUGGUGACUUCGUAAUGGGCGUGUUUUCCGUUUUUCAAGAUUUGGAUUUCAGUUUCCUGGAGAUGAAUCCGUUUACACUGGUUAAUGGGGAACCAUAUCCUCUGGACAUGAGAGGAGAGUUGGACGAUACUGCUGCCUUCAAGAAUUUUAACAAGUGGGGUGACAUUGAAUUCCCUCUUCCGUUCGGAAGAGUUCUCAGCCCAACGGAAAGCUUUGUCCACGCGUUAGAUGAGAAGACAAGUGCUUCUUUGAAGUUUACCGUCUUGAAUCCCAAAGGCCGUAUUUGGACCAUGGUAGCUGGAGGCGGUGCCAGCAUUAUAUACGCUGAUACAGUUGGGGAUUUAGGCUACGCAUCAGAGCUCGGGAACUACGCAGAGUAUAGUGGAGCUCCUAACGAGGAAGAGGUCUUACAAUAUGCCCGAGUUGUCAUUGAUUGUGCAAGUGCUGAUCCCGACGGGCGUAAAAGAGCCCUUCUCAUUGGAGGAGGCAUUGCCAAUUUCACUGAUGUUGCUGCCACUUUCAACGGUAUAAUCCGAUCCCUAAGAGAAAAGGAAUCUAAGCUAAAAGCGGCUAGAAUGCACAUUUACGUAAGGAGAGGCGGUCCGAAUUAUCAGACUGGUCUGGCAAGAAUGCGAUCUCUGGGAGAGGAACUCGGUGUCCCUCUAGAGGUGUAUGGACCGGAGGCAACGAUGACAGGAAUAUGCAAACGAGCCAUCGAUUGCAUCAUGUCGCCUGAUGCGUAAAUUCCGUUAUCUUCAUGGAUUGAUGAUGAACCCAAAUCUGGGAGGAAGUCUGUCUGAUUCUUGUGUUCAUCUCUCUCAUAUACAAAAAAAUAUGAACAAAAGCACAUCAUGAUUCGUGAUGAUGCUGUUUGCUGUGAACUAUUUUUGUUUCUGUUCCAUUGUGGAUCAACUUGUAAUAAUUGUAAUCGAGAUUUUGUUAUAUUAUAAUCUCGAUCUUCAGUUACACAUAA